AUCAAAACGUAACGUCUCAAUAAAAAUGUUCAACUGUGUUAUGAAGGGAAAUAGAUUUGUGUGGAACACACAAUUCGAUGAAGCUAAAAAGUAUUUGACACCUCUUGUACACAUCCCAAGAAUGGCCUUCGAACUUGCAACUAUUCCUGCUCUUGCUUCCAACAUUUCGGGAGAAACCUCAAUGAGAGAGGAAGGUAUGCAAGGUAUUGAAAAUGCUGAAAAGGCCCUCAAAAAAGUAUCAAAGAAAGAUGAUAUUCUCAAGAUCGUUGAAGAAUAUAAAACUCUCAACAAAAAGUUGGAAGAAGCUUCCGAAGAUUAUUAUACAGAGAGUGAAAAGUCACAUCCAAACUUUUUGGAUUUGGAAAAGAUGACUUCCGAACAAAUUAUUUACAAUUUUGAACUCGAUAAUGAUGUUUUGGAUGGAGAAGCUCACUUGAUGAGAGGUAUUUUACAAUUCCAUGCUGGGUCUUACCUUAAAGGUUUAUAUAACUUGAGAAAGGCUUACAUUAAAUUUAAAGAUGUCUAUGCUGCAAUUGAAGAUACAAAGAAUGAACCAAACACAUCUGCAAAGUUUAUCCACAGUGAUCUUAUUCAUUGUGUUUAUUUCGGAAUGGGUAUUUUCAAUUUUAUGCUUUCAAUUUUGCCACCUGCACUUACUAAAAUUUUGAGCGUUCUAGGAUUUGAUGCUGAUAGAGAACAAGGUUUAUCUUUUUUAAAGAAGGUACAUGAUUACGGAGGAAGACAAGUUGGUAAUUCCUCAUUUAUGCUCUGUUUGAAUUAUUUAUUCAUUCCAAGAGCUUUGC